GAGCUUCUCAGUCCCAUGAUUAUGGAAGUGUGCAAAAUUCAUAUGUGGUGCUAUGUGGUCUGUUCCUGGCUUGAUGUCUCGCCACCGAAUUUCUAUUCUGUUGACUCCUCGAAAGUCAUGCUUCCCGAUCCAAAGACAGACAAAUGACUACGGUUCAACUUUUUUCAGCUGUUGUCGGAACAAUCCUUGCCACACUUUCGGAGCUUGUACGUUGUUCAAGGUUCACAGAUGUCUCUCCUAUUGGAUGGACACUCUCACCGUUUGGGGUUGCGAAACAAGAAAUCUUUGACGUUCGGUUCUGUCUUGAAAACGAGAAUACAUUUCUUCCCGCUCCUACGUCAUCCUCGGACUUUCUAAAAAAAUUUCUCCCAUAGGACUGACUCAUUUAUCGACCAUCUUAUUGGAGUGUUGCGAUUGAUCUGAGGUAGUGUGCAGAAGUGCAGUGACUUGGUAAAAAGUAUGCACAAAGAACUACGAGCGCUUUUCCGUCGCGUUUUGGCUUCGUGCCUAGCUUCGAAGUCAACAAUCAAAUGGUUCGCGGGAAUCAGCGGCGAGUUCGCCUAGCAGACAGGGUCGAAAUCCAAGCAGCGAAUAGAAUCUAUGCUUUGCCAAUGUUGAAGAUCUUGUCAGGUUCAGUAGCAUCAAACAUUUGUCGUAAAUCUG